AUGGUAUCCCUGCGGACCGAACGUAGCGCAUCACCUCUACCGUUAGCACCGCACGCGAUCGCCCAUCUUGUCCAUUCGCGCGACGAAGCUUCCGUUGCCCCGACACCAUCACCACUUCCGCAUCAAACAAAGCGACAAACGGCCCAACCGUCCUUGCUUGUUUUCUUGCAUUCCUUGCUACGCAUUCUUCACCUUCCAACGAUCAUGAACGCUGCCGUGACCAUUUUCAGUCUCGGUAUUGGCGUCGGCAUCAUUCUGGGGGAUUCCUUUCGCGAGCACGAAACGACGUAUCGCACGGUCCAGACGACCCACGACGAAAACGGAAACCGUCAAAGAGACCAUCACAACGACUCCAGCCCCGCUACGUUUCGACCCCACGUGGAUGCUUUGACGGCGGCCACCGCGGCGUCCUGGCAGACUUCGGAAUCGGCACACUUGCUACCGGCUCAGUAA